AUGCGUUUGAACUUCAACUUCAAUCUUAAGUUCAAAUCCAUGAGUAUGCUCCAAAUGUGGGAAAUCAAGCCAAGAAAUCAAUGUUUUGAUGCCAUUCGGAUUUACGAAGGAUAUCCCACGAUGUUCACUAUUAAGCUCCAUCAUGGAGGGAGGUUCACAAAAUUCCCAGGGAUAAGCUACAUUGAAGGAAAAUUAGUCCACAUUGAGCUGGUAGACAUGGAUGAGUUCUUUGUGCAUGAGUUGGAAGAGGUGAUGCUAAAGCUUGGUUAUGACGUACCACCAGUCAUUUACUACCACUAUCAACUGCUAAAUGGAUAUUUGGAGUUUGGUCUUAGAACUCUUGGGAAUGAUAUUGAUGUACUUAGUCUUGCACAGUACUUUGAACAUCAUAAGAUCAUCAAGGUAUACACUGAGCAUAAUGAAACUAAUUUACUUACAUCCUUUAUGUCUCCAAGAGUUAAACCUAGGGCCAUAAUUGAGGAAAUACCAGAUGAUGUGCCCUUACCAAAAUCAAAUUCAACAGUAGUUGAUUUCCAUCCAGGAUUGAGGUUAGUUGAAGGAAGUCAAUCAUGUAAUAAGAAAUUAUGUUUCAACUUGGAACACACUGCAACUGGUGGUAAUCAAGAUGCACAUGUUGAAAUUGAUAAUGAAGGUGCAACCAUUGGUGAUCAAGGUAUAGAAAUUCAUAAUCAAGGUACACCAGUUGGUGAUCAAGAUACAGAAGUCCAUGAUCAAGGUGCACCUAUUGGUGAUCAAGAUACAAAAGUUCAUGAUGAAGGUGCAAAUCUUGGUGAUCAAGAAGUAAAUACAGAAGUGUUUGAUACCUUUGACGACCAACCAUUUCAAUUUGAAGACUUUGAUCCUUUCUUUAAUCAAUAUACUUUUAAUGAUCGUAAUGAUCAGAGGCUUGGUGAAGGGUGUAGUAAAGGGGGUAGUGAAGUAGGUAAUGCAGGGGGUAGUGAUGGGAGUAAUGAAGGGAGUGAAGAAGAUAAUGAAUUUGUUGAAUAUAAAGAAAAUUAUGUAAGUGAUAUUGAGGUGGACAUGAUUGGUUUCUAUAUGAAUGUUUAUCUAGAUGUCGAGUAUGUUGACAGAGGAAAGGGUGUUGAGACUGAAAAUGAAGAUGUUGAUACUGAAGAUAUUGAAGAUGUUAAAACUUCAAGGUCAAAAGAUAGUGAUUAUUGGUAUGUGAAAACUUUACUGGACAAACAUACUUGUGUUCAAACUAGAAAACUUAGGGCUUGCACUGCGAAGUAUAUAUCCGCAGAAAUCAUAGGCAUGGUCGAUUCUAACCCUACAUUACCCCUACGAAGCAUUCAAGACCAAAUUUGGAAGAGGCUUCAAAUUGGCGUGUCCAUACACAAAGUACAGAGGGCAAAAGCUACAACCAUAAAGCAAGUGAUUGGUGACUACACGAAGCAAUACGAUGUGUUAAGAUAUUAUCUAAUGGAACUACAAUCAACGAAUGUGGAUACAACUGUGAAGCUUGAGGGACUCAUACCUGCUAUUGCACAACUGUACCCACAAGCUGAGCAUCGAUUCUAUCUCAGGCAUAUUUAUGAGAACAUGAGGAAAAAAUGGAAAACAAAAGAAGCAGGAUCAGAUAUAUUGAUCAACAAUUUGUGUGAGGUUCUCAAUAGUAAACUUAUUCAUGGUAGGAAUAAGCCCAUCAUAAGUUGUAUUGAGUAUAUCAGGCAGUAUCUUAUGAAGAGGAUCUGUAGUGUGAAGAAAGUGAUGUCCAAAGCUCCAGGUCCACUCACUCCAACAACAUUGAAGUUACUUGAGAGAAAUAGCGAAGCUUCAGUCCAGUAUAGGGCUAGAUGGAAUAGGACAACAAAGUAUGAAGUUUGUGGUCCUAGGCAUAACCAGCAUGUGGUUGACAUGACAAAUAUGUCAUGUACAUGUAGAAGGUGGGAGUUGAAUGGGAUUCCAUGCAAACAUGCCAUAGCUACAAUACAUGAAAUGACUAAUAAUGGAGACAAAGUUGGGGAGCUUUACACUUAUGUCAAUAAAGUGUAUUGGCUUCAAACUUGGCAUAAAGCUUACUCUUACACUAUGGACCCUAUAAACGGUAGAACCAUGUGGCCAAAAAGUACCUGUCCAUUUCAAAUAACACCACCACCACAUCACAUUCAACAUGGGAGACCAAAGACCAGGAGAAAGAGAAGUGCAGAUGAAAAUUAUAAUAGUCAGAUGCAUAAGCAUGGUUCAAAUUAA